AAAGUUUUCAGUAAGGUAUAGCACAUCAUGAAGUAGGAAUGGCGACGUGUUUUAAAAUCAUAUAUGGAUUAUUUUUUGCUUUACUGUGCUUUUAUUUUAAAGGUUCAGAUACGAAAUGUAGUUCCAGAAACCAUUUUGGACCAAACUGUUAUUUCGAGUGUCAUUGUAUGAAUAAUGAACAAUGUAACAGCAGCACGGGAAACUGUCCCUCAGGUUGUGACUUCGCCUGGGUAGGUCCUGGGUGCCAACGUGAAAAUAUAGUGCCUGUAGGUCAUAGUGACGAACAGUUAAUGCUGGCCCGCCACCAAAGUAAUAUAGAGACAAAGCAAUUUGCGAUAAUGGCUGUCGACAAAAGUUUAUCAACUUGCAGUUAUACAAUAUAUGCAAAUCAGUCAAGGGUUACCCCAUGGUGGAGACUUUGGCUAAAAGAAAAGUACAAAAUCAGGAAUGUCUCUAUUGUUACUCGCAGAGAGUACUUACAUUAUUUCAAGAAAUUUGAAGUGACUGUAAAAAAUAAUACGAACAAACAUUCGAACGACCAUUCUGGCCAAGAACUAUGCUAUAAGCAUGAUAACACUGCUCCGAGAACAACGACGUUUGAUAUUAGGUGUACAAAAGCUAUAUAUGGGAAUCAACUCAGAAUCCAGCUCGCAACUAAUGGCACACAGCUUGUCUUGUGUGAUGUCAGGAUUUGGGGAGAAUGUGCUGAUUGGAAUUUCGGUGAAAGCUGUACUGAAAAAUGUAGCACUCAUUGUCAAACAGUCUGUGAUAAAGAUGAUGGUACUUGUUCUUCGUGUAAGCCUGGAUGGACGGAAAGUCGCUGCAAUAAUGGUAGUCUGGAUUAUGAUUAAAAGUCGGCAUAAUAUACGUAUUACAAAUAGGAAAUCGAUACAUAUGUUCACUAUAUUCUAACAUCACCCAAACAGAGUUUUCUUCAGCGAUGUAAAAAUCAUCUAGCGAUAAUGCAUAUUGUGUCACAUAUGUUUUAUUUGGCUAUUAAAUCCCGCUCAAGGUUCCUCUUAACUACGGCAAGCAUUCGAUUAAUGUUACCAUUAAUUGAAAGUAAAAGUUACUUUAGGAGUGACGACACACUUCGAGUGGGAAUUGUUGAUAUCAUGUUCGUUGCAAAUAAUUAUUAUUAUAAAGGUUAUUUUUUUUCAUAUUUUUACUGGUUUAAACACUGUGAUAUGAUAUUGAAAAAAGUAAUGUUGACUCGAGGAUGGAACCAAAACACAUCUUAAUCUACAGCAUGGACAUCAAAACGUUGUGACGUUAUAACAUGUGACGUCAUAAACCAUUUCAGACUAAAACAUGGGAAACAACAAAUCAACCACUGCAAAUGUUUGCAACUACUUCCACAAGUAGCCUUGAAGUUCUUGUAUCAAAUAACAAAAUAUUUGUUGCCUUUAAGAAUCAGUCAAUAUGAUGAUUAAAUGACCUGGGAAAAGUGAUAUCUAUCAACGCCCUCUAACAAUAUCAUUUCAUAACUAAAAGACAAUAACUGUAUACUGUUAUCAGCUAUUUAUAAAAUAAAGGCAUCAAUGCCAAACAAAUUAUUAUUUGGGUAAAAUAAAAGCAGAUAUAAGAAAUGUAAAUAAACGUAGUUGGCAAAGUUACUUUUCAAGCCCAAGGCAGUGCUGAGAUGAAUGUGUCCAUUCGAACGAAGAAAACCCUAAUUUUGUAAUCGAUUGUUACCGAAACGAAAUGGAAUAUCAAAUCUUAUCUUAUUGAAAGUGCAGUUAAAUAAUCUUAUAUAAAUGCAGAUCACAUCAUUUUAACUAGCAAAAAUCCCAGCAAGGACAUUAACUUUUUGUACCAAAGAACAGCAGCGUAAAACUCUCCAUUUCAGAGUGUGCCAAUGGACGAUAUGGCAAAAACUGUACAGACAGCUGUAGUCCAUUCUGUAGAAAAAGUUCAAAAUUAGUUUGCAAUAGCAUUGAUGGCCAUUGUACAAAUGGAUGUAUAAAUGGUUAUACUGGUCAUUUAUGCGAUCAUAGUAAGAUUACCAUAUUUGGUAUUAUCAGAUAUUUUAUUUUCUAGAGUCUAGAAUA